AUGGAGAACACGCAGCCGAAUAGACUGUCAUCAGCCAUGGCGAACCUUCCAGACGAGAUCAUCAUAAUCAUUUUCUCCCAUCUACCCGCCAAGUCUCUCCUCCGAUUCAAGGCCGUGUCUCGUUCAUGGGCGGACCCCCGCCGCCGCGAAUUCCAACCUUUGGCGGAUCUCGGUUCCCCCGCCGCCCACUGCAAGGCCGACGUCUUAUGCGCCUGCGACGGCUUGGUCCUCCUCCCCGGCGGCUCGUUUUUGUCCUUAAAGCUGUGGAACCCUUCCACCGGAGAGCAGACCAAGUUGGAUCUCCCCUUCCCUCUCUUCCUCCCGAGGACGCACGGCAUCUUCUACGACCCGGCCUCCAUGUCCGGCUUCAAGGUGGUGGUGCUCUCCGGCCAACACUACGGAGUCUACUCGUUCGUGUCCCGCUCGUGGUCCGAGAAGAGGACUUUUCCGAUUUGUUACCACUGGUCGCGGAAGGGUGGGUUUUUCGCAGAUGGGGCCGUUUACUGGGUCGUGUGCAGGUCUAAACAGAAGGGCAAGGAGAUUGUGUACAUGGACUCGAGGGAUGGUGAAGAAAUUCUCAAAACUCUGCCUCGGCCGGAAAAUGUGGGUGAGGAGGCCGAGUUUGAUGUGGUUUGUUUGGGCGGCCGUUUGUGUGUGUACCUUUUGGAUGGUGGCAGUGGCCGGUUUUGGGUAAAGGAAAGGGUCGGCGGUGGGCCCACUGCUUGGAAAUGGAAAGAGAUUACGGUUGAGGGGACUUUUGGUUGGCCGGAUUUUGGGAAUGCGGGUGUAUGGAUACGAUCGGACGAUGGGGAGAGAUUUGUGGCGUGUGGCGAUGAAUCUUGGCCGUCGGUGAAGGCUUUUCGGUUUCAAUGGACUCCCUACAUCGAGAGCUUGUUAUUUCCCCAUACACAAGACCACAACCCGAUCAAAGGAUUUUGCUUAACUAAUUGA